UGUAAAGAUGGAAACAAUGGGCUUCGAAUGAAGGCCCUUUUGUAUGUGUUGAAGAUCUUGCUUGUUUGAAUGAGUGGAGUCCGAAUUCACCUGCACAAGAGCAAAGUCACUGGCCUCGGGGGUGUUUCCGAGGAAAGCCCCUCCGAUGCCUAAGUAAGAAUGAUGCUCGGAUUCUAGAGAGAAGUUCUCUAGAAGAGUAGUCUUAAGGCGAUAAAUUGGACGUACCUUGAGGUGUGAGCCUUGGCGGCCUAUUUAUAGUGUUUGCAUAAUAAAUGCCCAUAGGUCACUUAUUGUUAUUGGGCCUUGGGCCUUAAUGGAUGGCUGAAUAGCCAUUGGUAGGUUUGAUGUUGUUGUUUAGAGCCAUUGGGCUUUGGACUUAGUGGCCCAAUUGAGAAUCAAUUGGGAGCCCAAACAACAUGCCCCCCAGACCCGGUCCAUUUAGAAUUAAAUGGGUGGGUUUCCAGCUGUCAGAAGUCCGAAAGUUCCCUCUCUUUUUUGAAAAGGGAUGAUUUGCAUUGAUGACAAGUGUUGGGAAUUGUACUGUGUCAUGGAGAUCGUGGGUUUGAGGAAGUUGAUGCGCCCUUUCUCUUUUCUAUAAAUACUGGGUGCCUUGCUCCUUUUAAACUUUUUACUCCUUAUUUCAAACCCAUUCUCUCUCUAAAUUCCGGCGAUCGCAGUGCAAUUUGCUUCUUCAGAUCUACGAAAUUCGGCCAACUUUAGACUUCGGGAACUUGUGUUGUUCGCUUUAUCGGCGAAUUCCGCUUCGGAAAAAGGUAAUUUGUUUCUGAGUUCUCCUUUUUUCUUCGUUCUUCCUUCUACCCCUCAAUCUAAACCCUAGAUCGAGAUUUCGCGACCAUGGCAAAGAAUAGGGGCAAAAACAAGUUCGUUGUUGGCUCCUCUAGUGAGAGAGAGAACGUGCCUUCGGGGAGGUUACCGAAAUCUUCGAGGGGUCGACCUUCGGAGAGGCCGUUGGAGAAGAGUUCGAUUGGUUGGGAUGCUUCCGAAGAUGAACGUGCAACCUCUGGUGAGAGAGCUGGUUUUUCGGGUGUUCGUCGUCGUUACUCCGAGUUUCCAGUUCAUUGGUCGGAAGCUGAUCCGAAGGGCAAGUAUGCCUCAAUUUUGCAUGAGACCACGCAGAUCGACGGUCCGUUGGAGAAAUCGGUCAGCGGUGACUGGUUGGUGGAAGCGAAGUUAGGGAAUUAUCAUCGGAAGGCCGAGGAGCUAUACGGAAUUCAGCAUGCCUUGGGGUACUGGUGCGAGCUUCCUGAACAAGAGCGUCCUCGGGUGACUCAUCCACCGAGGGGGUUCAUUUCCGUGUAUACUCACCAUUUGGAGAAUGGUCUCCGCUUUCCUUUGGAUCCGUUCGUAUCCGAGGUUUUGGUGUCGUACAACAUUAGUUUGGCCCAGCUCACACCCAAAUCUAUGAGGCACAUAAUCGGAUUUAGAUGGGUGUGUGACUUCGUCAAUUUCCCUUGCUCUGUCGCUAUUUUUCGGGAUCUUCACGAUCUGGUUCUCAACCAUGCUUCCAAGGGUGAUGGGUAUGGUUGGUGGACCAUUGUCAACAAGAAGUCCCGAAAGAGGGGGGAUCCGAACUACAUCACGGCGUACCCCUACCUUAGCUCUGACCACAAUUGGAAGACGGAGUGGUUGCUCGUCCGUGUGCCGACGGAUCCGAAGCAUCCCAACUUUUAUCGUCCUCCGAAGUGGUUCGUGGCUCCUGAUCCUGAUAUGAGGGGUGUGGCGGCUCCAGAUCGGAACCAUCGCCACUAUGUGGACCUCCUCCAGUGGUUCUUGGCUCAAGAGGAUAACCACCGACUGCCGUCUAGCUGGCUCCCGAAUCUCAAUUACAUUCUGAGGGAGGACAUUCUUGCUGUUGCCGGUCUCAGCAGGAUUUUUGACAGGGAGUACGGCUUUAGCUGCAUUGAUCCUAAGAAGUUGGGCAUUUCUUUGGAUUUGAAGACUAUUCACGACCCGGCUCCCGAGUACAAGUUCGGAAAAGAUAACCCUCGUAAUCCUCGUCUGAAGGAUUACGUGUUGUCUCCUUUGGGGGUUGCUCGGAUAUCCGAAGUUCGAGCUGAUCCGUGGGAUUCCGCCUCUUCUGUUGAAGCUGUUCCUGUGAAGGUUGUGCUUCCUGAGUUGAAGACGACUUCGGAUCCGGGUCCUGGGACUGACGCUGUGCCGCGUGCCGUUCCUUCGGUUUCAUCUCCGGCUCGGAUAGAUAUCUCUUUAUCUAGGAACCGGGAUCAACGCAAAAGGAAGGGUAGCACUCUUUUGAGGCCUUCCACGCAUCCGAAGAAAGCGAAGGCUUCUCAGCCCUCGGAGAAGGAAGCAGUUUCGGAAGUCAUGCCUCCUCCUAAGAAUCUUCUUCACUUCAUGCCCUUGCCAGGGCAGAAGUUAAAGAGUGUGGUGGUUGCUGAACCGCCGGCCGUGGAUCAGCCGCUGAUCGAGGAAGAUAUCAUCCCUUCUCCCCUUAAACCAUCUGCUGCUUUGGGGAUCGAAAUCCAGGAUAUCACCGAGGUGAUGGAGGCGAUUGAAGCCGAUUUUGUUCCUGGUUCGGAUGUCCCUGAGGUAGCUGGGGAGAAGAAGGAGUCUGCUGAUCUUCCCUUCGAGAGGGAGAAGAGUCCAGACAAGGAGAUGAUAGAUCUCUCGGGCCCCGAAGCUGCGGUCCCCGAGGUUCAGAAGGAGGUUCCCUCUGCUGGAGAGGAGGAGCAGCCCGAGCAAGGUUUGACGAGGAAGAGGCGCCACUCAACUUUGGGUUCUACUUCUACCUCGGCCCUGGAUAGGCUGAUCCAUGCUGAUCCCUGUUCGGAUGUUCCGCUAAAACGGAUCCCCGAAGAAGUAAGGGAGGCGAUGGCUCGAUAUGCCAGGGCUCCGAUUUUGGGAGAGGACCCUUUGGCUCACGUGGGAUCCUUGGUGGGCCCCGAGGCUGCUCGGGAGAAUCUGCUUCGUGCUAACCCGCAGUGGAGGGUUCCUGGGGCCGAAGAGAGGAAUCCGGCAAUGAUGGCCCAGUACUAUCUGAACGAGGUAAUUUGCUAGAUUUUUCUCUUUGAGUUGUGUUUUUGUUUUAUGUUUUUCCUAUUUUGC